UCGGACCCACGCAGGGGAUCCGAUUGCGGGCUCGGGCCCUCCGCUGGCCGGGGAGUUGUGUUUAGAAACCUUUUCCCCGGGGUCUCGUUAGGGACACGGGCCGCUUCGCCCGUCUGCCCCAGCGGAGCGGGUCUCCGAGCAGCUCGCUAGGAGCCGGCUUGGGUUAAAAAUACCACUUGCGUGGCGCGUUGGAGCGCGUCUCUUGCUCGGUCCUUGGAGGGGUAAUUAUUUACUCGGGAAGGGCCAGCCCCCUCGACAAAGCUAUUUAAAGUAUUUCUUGCCCUCCAAGAGCCAGACCGAGACGGGAGCCUAGAUUGGCAAGACCCCGCAACCCUGGGAAGCCCAAGCGGGGGGAGUCGGGGGGGGGGAGGUUAAAGAAGCAGUUUCUGAAAAAGCCACCUCCUGGUGUCGAUUGUCUGGAGUUUUUACUACUGGAGUCCAUGGCGUAUACAUUAAGCCCCUCUCCUGCUGGGCCUAUCGGGACCCAGUACUGUGUUUGCAAAGUCGAAUUAUCCGUGUGCGGCCAAAACCUUCUGGACAGGGAUGUGACCUCCAAAUCUGACCCGUUUUGUGUCUUAUUCAUAGAAGUCAAUGGCAAAUGGACAGAGAUCGACAGGACAGAGACAGCUGUAAAUAACCUCAACCCAGCCUUCUCCAAGAAGUUCAUCAUCAAUUACCACUUUGAAGAAGUGCAGAAGCUGAAGUUUGCUCUCUUUGACCAGGACAAGUCGAGCAUGCAGCUGUCUGAGCAUGACUUCCUGGGAGAAUUCUCCUGCACCCUGGGCAUGAUUGUCUCAAGCAAGAAGAUAACAAGAACGCUACUUCUGGGAAAUGGGAAGCCGGCUGGAAAGGGGAUGAUAACGAUAGCUGCCCAAGAGCUGUCAGAUAACAGAGUGAUCACUCUGAGCAUGGCUGGCAGAAAACUGGAUAAAAAGGACCUGUUUGGAAAGUCAGAUCCAUUUCUAGAGUUUUAUAAACCAGGCGAUGAUGGGAAAUGGAUGCUGGUCCACAGAACAGAGGUGAUUAAGUACACGUUGGAUCCUGUGUGGAAGCCGUUCACUGUGCCUUUAGUGUCGCUGUGUGAUGGAGAUGUAGAAAAGCUGAUCAAGGUCAUGUGUUACGAUUACGACAGUGAUGGGGGACAUGACUUCAUUGGGGAGUUCGAAACCUUUGUAGCCAAGAUGUGUGAAGCCCAAGAUACCUUGCCGCUCGAAUUAGAAUGCAUUAACCCCAAAAAACAAAAGAAGAAAAAGAAUUACAAGAACUCCGGCAUCAUCAUUGUGAAAUCCUGCAAAAUAACCAGGGAUUACUCCUUCCUGGACUACAUCCUUGGGGGCUGCCAGUUAAUGUUUACUGUUGGAAUUGACUUCACAGCAUCCAAUGGGAGUCCGCGGGACCCCUCUUCGUUGCACUAUAUCAAUCCCAUGGGAACAAACGAAUACUUGUCAGCUAUUUGGGCAGUCGGACAGAUCAUUCAGGACUAUGACUCAGACAAAAUGUUUCCUGCUCUGGGAUUUGGUGCCCAGUUACCGCCAGACUGGAAGGUAUCUCACGAAUUUGCCAUUAACUUCAACCCCACCAACCCAUUCUGUUCCGGAGUGGAAGGCAUUGUCCAAGCAUACUCAGCCUGUCUGCCUCAAAUACGCUUCUAUGGACCAACCAACUUCUCUCCCAUUGUCAAUCACGUGGCUCGGUUUGCUGCCCAGGCUACCCAGCAGGUGUUUGCAGCGCAAUAUUUCAUCCUCCUGAUCAUCACGGACGGCGUCAUCAGCGACAUGGACGAGACGAGACACGCCGUGGUGCAGGCCUCCAAGCUGCCCAUGUCCAUCAUCAUCGUGGGGGUGGGCAACGCGGACUUUGCAGCCAUGGAGUUCCUGGAUGGGGAUAACCGCAUGCUCCGGUCUUACACCGGCGAGGAAGCCAUGCGGGACAUCGUGCAGUUUGUGCCCUUCCGCGAGUUCCGCAGUGCACCUAAAGAAACUUUGGCCAAAGCGGUGUUGGCAGAACUCCCCCAGCAAGUCGUUCAGUAUUUCAAGCAUCAAAAUCUGCCUCCUCUCAGCUCGGAGCCAGUGUAGGGCUGAGAGCAUCGGUGUUGUCUGCAUGUUGCCGAUUUCCGGAGGGUGCAUGUCUCACAUGCUUUUAAACCUUUGUACUCUUUUAAUUUAAUUUGUUUAUUUUAUUAAAAACUCUCCAACCUGGAGAAGCAGCUGAAUUGGCGUUGUACGUUCCUGAGCCAGGGUAAUGGUCACGGGCUGAACAGAGACCUCUCCUGCCUCACUCCCGUCACUUUUAAGUAUUGAAGGCACUUUGUAUAAUUUUAGUGGAACGAGAUUAACAUUUUUACAGAUCAGAACUUGCUUUUUUCCAAAUGACAAAAUGCUUAAUAUAUUAUCACCCACUCCUGUGUAUAGAUCACGUAUCUGUGUUGUACCCAUAACUCUCUCAUGCUCUAUGGUCAUUUUUAUACUGUGUACAUGUUAUAUUUGUUAUACUCAGGUUAAUAAAGAAACUCAGAUAUUUAAAA